AUGUCCGCCGCCGCGAUGACCUCCGCGAUGACCGCCCUCGCCGCCGCGCCCUCGCGCGCCGCCCUCGCGCGCCGCGCGUCAAAGCCGUUCGCGCAUUCGAAGCUCGCCGCCAAGCGUCGCGCGCGCGUUAACCCCCUGACUAUCGUCCGCGCCGAGGCCGCCACCGAGGAGAAGCCCGCGAGCGGCGGCGAGACGUACGAGUACCAGGCCGAGGUCAACCGCCUCCUCGACCUCAUCGUCAACUCCCUGUACAGCAACAGGGACGUCUUCCUCCGCGAACUCGUGUCCAACGCAUCGGACGCGCUCGACAAACUCCGAUUCACGUCCGUGUCCAACCCCGACGUCAUGGCUGCGAACGGCGAGAUGAAGAUGCAGAUCAAGGGCGACCCGGCGUCCAAGACGCUCGUCAUCGAGGACACCGGCAUCGGCAUGACCCGCGACGAUCUCGUCUCAUCCCUGGGCACAAUCGCGCGAUCGGGCACGGCGAAAUUCAUGGAGAUGCUCCAGUCGCAAUCCGAAGGCGAUAACCUCAUCGGCAAGUUCGGCGUCGGGUUCUACUCCGCCUUUCUCGUCGCCGAUAAGAUCACCGUCGUCACCAAGAACCACACCGACGACAAGGCGUGGGUGUGGGAGUCCGAGAUCGAUUCCUCCUCCUACUCCAUCCGAGAAGCCGCCGCAUCGGACGCCGCCCCCGCUCGCGGCACCAAGAUCGUCCUGUCCCUGAAGGAGGGCGCCGAGGAGUUCGCCGAGGACGCGAGGCUGACGAACCUCGUCAAGACGUACUCUGAAUUCAUCUCCUUCCCCAUCGAGGUUUUCGCCACCAAGUCCGUGCCCAAGCAGGUUGAAGACGUCGACGCCACGGCUAAAGCCACGGAAGAGUACAACAAAAAGAAAAUCGAAGCCGAGGCCAAAGGCGAGGAGUUCACCGACGCCGCGCCCGAGCCCGUCAUGAAGACGGAGUACGAGGACGUCCAGGAGUUUGUGGUGACGAACAACGACAAACCCAUCUGGGUCCGUUCCCCGCGCGAGGUCGAGGCCGACGCCUACAACGAGUUCUUCAAAUCCACGUUUAAGGAAUUUCUCGAUCCGCUGGCGUACAACCACUUCGCCGUGGAGGGUGACAUCGAGUUCAGGUCCAUCCUCUACGUCCCCGGCAUGGCGCCGUUCGAGCAGCAGGACAUGAUGGCCAAAAGCAAGGCGAUCAAGCUGUACGUUCGCAGGGUGUUCAUCAGCGACGAAUUCGACGAGUCGUUACUCCCCCGAUACCUCACCUUUGUCCGAGGCGUGGUGGACUCCAACGACUUACCGCUCAACGUGAGCCGCGAGAUUCUCCAAGAGUCCCGCGUCGUCCGCGUCAUGCGCAAGAGGCUCGUCCGCAAGACCCUCGACAUGUUAAAUGAGAUUGCCAAGCGGGACAACGGCGAUUACGACACGUUCUGGGACGCGUUCGGCCGUAACCUCAAACUGGGAGUCAUCGAAGACGCCGCUAACAGGGAUACCCUCGGUUCCCUCCUCCGGUUCCAAACGAGCAAGACGGAGAAGGGCAAAGUCAAGGGCCUGGACGCGUACAUCGAUGCGAUGCCCGAGGGCCAACCCGACAUCUACUACGUCGCCGCGGACACCCGCGCCGCCGCGGAGAACUCGCCUUUCCUCGAACAACUCGCCAAGAAGGGCUACGAGGUUUUGUUCAUGAUCGACCCCAUCGACGAGGUCGCGAUGGCCAACCUGACGCAGUACAAGGAGAAGAAGCUCGUGGACAUCUCCAAGGAGGACCUCAACCUCGGCGAGACGGACGAAGAGGAGAAGAAGCGCCAGACCGAGGUGGAGGAGGAGAUGAAGCCGCUGACGGAUUGGCUCCAGGAGACGCUCGGCGCGGGCAAGGUUGAAAAGGUUGCGGUGUCCAAGCGCCUGACGGACACGCCGUGCAUCCUCGUCACGUCCAAGUUUGGCUGGUCCGCGAACAUGGAGCGCAUCAUGAAGGCGCAGGCCAUGGGCGACAACCGCGCGCAGGAGUACAUGAAGGGUAAGAAGACGAUGGAGAUUAACCCCAAGUCGCCCGUGAUUUUGGACCUGAAAGCAAAACUGGCGGCGGGUCAGACGGCUACGUGUGCGGCGACCGCUGAGCUCCUCUUCGACGCCGCGCUGCUCAAUUCCGGGUUCGCCAUCGACGAGCCCGCGGCGUUCGCGGCGAAGAUCUUCGACCUCAUGGGCCAGGCUGUCGGAGGCGCUUCCGGUGACGCUUCCGGAGAUGCCUCAUCCGCCGGCGGGUUCGUGCCACCCGAGAAGCCAAAGGAGGAGACGAAAGAGGAGGAGGCCAAGCCGGACGCCAUCGACCCGGAGGUUGUGUGA